AUGCUCCGGCGUAGUCUCUGUUGCAGACAACAAUGGCAAUACCAGUCUCAUAGAAUAUUCUCGACUUUGAAAGCUAGUCCUUCCCAACUUCCUCAAGAAAUUCGAGCUGCUAAUAGAAAGAUCACGGAACUAAUCCAAGCUGGCCGGCUUCAGGAUGCACGCACAUUCUUCGAUAAAUUGUCUAAGCGAAGCACUGUAACCUGGAAUUCUAUGCUCAGUGGGUAUGUUAGACGUCGGGAGAUUGCAAAUGCUCGGUUACUGUUUGAUGAAAUGCCUUUGAAGGAUGUUGCGUCGUGGAACUUGAUGAUUUCAGGUUACCUUUCCUGUCGGCAUGUGGAGGAAGGUAGAGACCUGUUUGACAAAAUGCCCAAGAGGGAUUUCGUCUCAUGGAAUACCAUGAUUAGUGGGUACGCAAAGAAUGGGAGGAUGGGCGAUGCUGUGAGGCUGUUUGAGGGUAUGCCGGAAAAGAAUAUGGUCACUUGGAAUGCCAUGAUCACAGGGUUCUUGAACAAUGGCAAUGUGAAGAGAGCUUGCAAGCUUUUUGAAAGUAUGCCAACGCGUGAUGGGUCAUCCUUCAGUGCCCUUGUGUCCGGAUUGAUCCAAUACGAUGCACUGGACAAGGCCGAAAAGAUUUUACUGAAGUACUCGCAAGACACGAAAAGACCCACGUCCAAUGACUCCAACUCGGGCAAAAGUCCUCUCGACUUUAGUACCUUCAUUCCUUUCUCGCUCAUGUGGCCCAAGCGACCGUGCCACAAGUGCGAUUGUGAGACAGCUCCUGCAAGGAAAAUGUUUGAGCUGGAUCCACUCGCCGUGUAA